AUGCCUCGAUUGGAAUUUCCCACAGGCUUCAUGAGAUGGAGAUUGGAUAAAGCCUCUCCAUUCUAUGCCUCGGACCGAAAAGUCUGUAAAUCACAAACCGCUGAUCAAUUUACAGAAUUAUUUGAACGUUUCAAUUUCAUCAUGAUUCUGAAUUUAUCGGGAGUUGAAACGAAUGAAUUGCAAGAAUUUAGGAGAGCCUUGUCCAAUCGUGAUUAUGAUGGAUACUCAGAGUUGUAUAUUGGGAAACACUCGCUCACUCGAUUGGCUAUUGAUGGACUGAUACAGAAUUUAAAGAAGAAAAAUCAUUGUAUUGUAUCAUCACAUGACGAACAACUUGUCAAAGCUCUGACAAAACUGAAAGAAGUAUUGGUUGGAGAAAUUGGAUUAUUAUUUACAAAUUGUGAAAAUUAUUAUGCUUUGAAAAAAGAGAUGGCAAAACAUGUAUUGAUCAAAUCAGCCAAAGUUGGAUCCAUUGCAACAGAUAAUGCGUAUUUUGAAGGAAAGACUGGUUUGUCACCCCUUUAUAUCCAUAUCUUUCAAGCUAAUGGUAUUAAUUCAAAAAUUCGAAUGGGACAAGUUGAACUUUAUGAAAAGCAAAGAAUCCUCAAAGUUCGAGAAGUGUGCUCCCAUGAAAAGGUUCAACUGUUGAAUCUAUUGAGGUUGAAAGUCAUUCGUAAACAAAUGGAAUCCUUGUAUUUAUUUAGCAAACAUGAUGCAAUUAUUGUGUCUGAUGAACUGUUGGAACGUGAUUGGUUUGACAAUUGUUUAGAGGCUGCCAAUCAAAUGACAGCUCUCUCGAUGGAAUGUUCUCUGAUGAAUGAGCUCACUAUCCUUGCAGAUAUAAAGAAGGGAAUACUAAAUUUGGUUGUGUUAGAUACAGAAACAAACUGUGAAAUGCGUUACAUGCUACGAAAAGAUCCACCACCUAUCAUUGAUGAUGAAGAUACAAUGAUAACUGAUGAAUCAAGCAGUGAGUCCUCUGAGUGGGACUAUUUGGAUUUAUUUUCUUAA